GCUUCCUGCAACCUGCUGUUACGUUUUGCCGAUUUUGACAAUUAGUCGUAAAUGUCAAAGUCCCCCGUCUUCUUGCCAUUGCAAGCCAUUUGAUAUUUGCAAAAUAAGCGCCAGACACACGUAUCCGGAAUAAAAAUUACCAGUGCAAACAAACAACAGUGCGCAACGCAGUUUAUCAGUAUGUUAUUAACCGUUUGAUAAUAACGCUGUGUGAAGAGAGUAUCCGCAGAACUUGCCAACGCCUGUCGCAGACAAAUUCCACACGCCGCACGCGGUAUAUUCAGUAGAAAUCAAAGUCCACGAUUGAAUCAAAAAAAAUAUGCAGCAGCUCAACGCUGACGCGCAGGAGUGGUUCCCAGCAAAUCAUGAAAACAAUGCCGGUGCAAGCAACGCACGUUCAUUGAACACAAAUGCGCCCGCACAGGGAUCACAAAAAUAUUCCGCUCAAAGUCGCUUGAAUAAAUAUCGAGAAUCGCCUGGACAGGGUCAUGGACAUGAACAAAUCCCGGCCAAGAACAACAGCGACAUUGCUACCGACUUUCAAUAUCUACAGGGAAUCAUCGUGCGGCUCACCGCCGACCCGGGUCACUUCGAAGAAGUGAUUGACAUAUUCAUGCAAACAUUACACAUACAUCUACACAGUUCUGAAAUGAUGCAACAGCUCUGCACUUUUAUCUUCACCAACGCCAUAGAAGAGCCAAGCUUUCGUUAUAAUGCCGCUCGACUCUGUGUGCUCAUACAAGAUGAAUCACUUAUAUUCAGACAGCUGCUGAAAGAUCUCUGUGUGAAGGAAGUGGAGAAGAACAGGCAGCAGCCAGGAUUCACAUUGUUCCUUGCUGAGUUGUACUCACAAGGCAACCAAAGCAAUUGGAAGAUGUUAUAUGUUGCUGUGAACAAACUGAUUUCACUUGGUGGAGAUGAGAAAGUCAAGACUGCUUGCCAGACUUUGAAGUUGGCAGGGUAUGCAAUGGAGAAUUUCGAUAAGGGAAUGAUGGAAGAUCUCCUCGAGUUGCUAGAGACCAAAAAACCGUUUGUGCAGAGGAAUAUCAGCACAUUGAUUGAGAGCGUGAUGAAUUUACGCACACACAAAUGGGGGCAUAGUAUUAGCGCGACAAAUUUAACCGAAGGUUCAAGUGGAUCUUCAAAUAGUAUGCCGAAUGGCUUCAUGAGCGAUACUUUCUACGGACCCGGCGGGGAAGAAUUAACAGAGGCUGAACGAAGGUUCCUUGACGGUGAAAUGGAUGACUUUGAUGAUCCUGAUGAAUUGUACGAUCCCGAGCCGGAGAUGGACGAGGAAAUUCAAGCCGCGUUUCGGGAAUUCGUCAAAAUGGGCAAAUAAACACACAUCAUAAACAUAUACCAUUGACAAAUUUUACAUGCGAUGACAAGAGACGUAUUUUUAUUGUGUUUAUAUACUAUUUGUUUUAUAACUAUACUCACUGUAAUAAUAUUGGUCUAUGAUAUGUUCCUGAGUGUGGUACAGUUGUGUUUGGAGGCGGAGGGGCGUUUUAUACAAUACAUAUUAGUCGUGUAUGUAAUUUUAAGAUAUGAUAGUCAAUUUUCGACUGGGGAUAUGUGAACAAACAAGCAAAAAAAUAAUAAAACGAACAAAACCUACAUAAAAAUCAUAAAAUCGAGAAAACAAACAAAAAAUUUAAAUAAACACGUAAAACCAC